ACUGCUUUAUCUGUCUAUUUAAACCUUAGUCGUUUUGGUAGUCGAUAUCAUUUCCUAAGCGUACUCCGUUCAAAAAAAAAAAAAAUGGCUGCAAAUGAUGUGCCAUGUUGCGAGUCUAUGUUCUGGGUCUAUUUAGCCACAUCUGUUGGUUUGGUUGCGUUUGCUGGACUUAUGUCGGGUCUUACCCUUGGGUUAAUGUCCCUUAGCUUGCUUGAUCUCGAGGUGCUCAUCAAGGCCGGCCAGCCUAAUGAUCGGAAAAAUGCAGAAAAGAUUAUGCCAAUUGUGAAGAAUCAACACCUUCUCUUAUGUACACUUCUCAUAUGCAAUGCCAUAGCUAUGGAGGCCUUGCCGAUUUUUCUUGACUCGAUUCUUCUGCCUUGGACCGCCAUAUUGAUAUCAGUGACCCUUGUGGUUGUUUUUGGUGAGAUUAUACCUCAAGCUGUGUGCUCACGAUAUGGACUCGCUAUUGGUGCAAAACUCUCUAUUCUAGUUCGGGUGCUUGUUAUAGUUGUCUUUCCCAUAGCUUAUCCUGUCAGCAAGCUUUUAGACUGGAUUCUUGGUAAGGAGCAUUCUGCGCUUUUACGACGUGCAGAACUCAAAACAUUGGUGGAUAUGCAUGGGGAUAAGGCAGGGAAAGGUGGAGAGUUGACAAAUGAUGAAAUUACAAUUAUAACAGGAGCUCUAGAUUUAGCACAGAAAACUGUCAAAGAUGCUAUGACACCAAUAUCUGAAAUAUUUUCCCUCGAGCUGAACUCUAAACUCAACGAGGAAACUAUGAAUUUGUUGUUAAGCAAAAGGCAUAGUCGUGUGCCAGUCUAUCUGGAAAGACCAGACAAUAUUAUUGGACUUAUCUUGGUAAAAAGUCUAAUAAAAAUUCGACCUGACGAUGAAGUCCCGAUUAAGAAUUUCAAUAUUCAAAAAAUUCCCAGGAUAAAUGAAUGUUUACCGUUGUAUGAGAUGCUAAAUUUGUUCCGAAAAGGACAUAGCCACAUGGCAGUUGUUGUAAAGAGUAAAAGUACCUUGAGCAAGACACAUAGCAACUCAAGUUUAACACAAAUUAAAGUCGAUAAAAAAGGUCAAAACACAAAACUUAGCAUCUACAGAUCUUCAAGUGAUACUGCGUCGCAAAGUUCGGCACCAAACCAAAGUAGUUCAAACUAUGUUUUGGAUUCUUUUCCAAAUCCAGAUGAUGAUAUCAUUGGUCUUAUAACAAUGGAAGAUGUUCUUGAACAACUAUUGCAGGAACCUAUUCUGGAUGAAAGGAAUGAGUAUGUUGAUAUCAACAAUAUAAUGGAAAUCAACAUACUUCCAUCUUCAGUACCAUCUGCGGCAGCACCCACAUCUAACUUGGACUGGAAAACUAUGACGUCAUCGCCAAUUCGUUCAUCACCAGUUCGUUCAUCGCCAGUUCGUUUGUCGUCGAUUCAUUCAUCACCUUCUCAUGUGCCAAUCUCAUCACAACAUCAUAAUCCUGCACACAAUUCACCAAUAUCACCAUUUAUUCAGUCACCAUUAAAGAAACUAUCAGUUUAUGCUUCACCUACAAAAUCUACUCCAAGUUCUCCUUUGGGUCCCAUCAGCAGCUCGCCAUCUUCAUAUCGGGUCUCAAGGAAAUCAUAUGAGAAGCUGGAAAAAUCCGGUAGCUAACAUUUUAUUACAAGUUUUCACCUUGUAAAAAAGUGUACAAUGUUUACAAUGCCCAAUAAUGCUAGAGAGAUUUGUAUAAAUGUUCUCCUUUUUAUAUUUCUAUUCAUGGUAAUAAAGUCACAUUUUAAACCUGA